AUGGACGACGGGGUGGGCCGGUUCCUGCGAGCGGCUGUUUCGAUCGACAAGGACGCGUCGAAUGAUACGGGCUACGUGAAGGUUGUGACAGUCGCCGAGGACGGGUCCCUGAUCCUCGCGGACGCGCACGGCCGCGUGAGGGCGCUGAACGUGCGGGACGAGCUGCAGCGAGGAUGCUUCUCCGCGCAAAGCAGGGGCGAGCGUCCGCGCCCCGCGGUCGCCCCGAGGCGCGUGUACCGCCCGCUACCCGACAGGGCGCAAGUCAUCACGCACGUGGCGGCGCGCCACUGCCACCCGCGCACGUGGGUCGCGCUGUGCGGAUACGACCCCGACAGCCUGAAGUUCAACCCCGUCGUGCGCGUGCUGUGCCUCGACGAGGCCCAGCGCAAGGGCAGCGUUGACACGGUUCCGCCGGAGAUCACGUACGAGGUGGACGCCACGGAGGUCGGCGUGGAUUUCUUCCGUCACAUGCGCGGCGGGCGCGUGGUGCACGCGGCCUUCCACCCCGCCUCGGCCGAGCCGCUGCUGUGCGUCCUCACCACCGGCGGAACCUUCGCGACCUUCGACGUCGUCAGGGACCCCGCACGGCCGGCCACGACUGUGUCCAUCAGCGACGCCGUGCGGCGCGGGUUCGUCGGGGGGCUGUCUGCGCAGCAGGCCCGCCCGCAGCCCACGUCGUUCGCGCUCGGUACGGGCGCGGGCUGGGCUGCGUUCGCCGCGUACUUCCUCUUCAGCGACGGCGGCGUGUAUUGCGUGUCGCCGAUCGCCCCCCUCGGGAUGAUCCUCACGAAGCGGGAGCGCGACGAAAUGCGGGAGCGCGUGGACGGGCAGGUGGGCUCGAGCUGGCUGGACGACGUGCUCGAGCCGAUGCCGGCGCCGGUGCUGCUGGCGGAUGUCGACUCAGGGGCGAUGGCGCUGUCAGGCAGGUACAAGGUCGACAGGGCGGGGCGCGCGGCGUGCGUGGCGCAGGGGCCGCUGGAGGCGGCGGAGGGCGAGGGCAGCGACGGGGCGGGGCGGUGGUCGGCGCUGCUGGCCGUGUCGCACAGGGGAUGCACUGCGCUGGUGCGGGCGACGGACGGCGGGCGGCUCGCGACGGGGCUGCUCGUCGGCGAGCCGAUGCCGGUUUUCCCGCCCCCUGCGGGCCCGGAGCGCGGCGCCGGGGGGCUCACGCGCACGCCGGCCGGCCCCGACUCGGUCAGCAUCCUGCCAGUCGACGUGGCGAUCGCGCUCGCGCCCGACGACAGCGACGACGACAGCGACGAAGACAGCGACGACGAGCGCUCCGGCGGCGGGGACUGGGGCGAGCGCUGGCCCGCGCUCCUCCUGCCUGACGCGAGCGGGGGUGUUCCGGGGCUCUUCGCGUGCCACGUCGGCGGCGUCCACGCCGUGUCGCUCCCGUGGCUCCAGAAGGUCGCGGACUACGUGAGCGCGGCCGCGGACGGCAUCUCCGGCCAGCAGCUGCAGCGCCUCCCGGAGACGAGUGCGACGUACCUGCGGGGGGGCGCGGCAGCGCGGGCCGUCAUGGCGGCGACGCACGUGGGCGACAGGACGACGAUGGGGUGCGCCGUGCUCUGCCUGGGGCGCGACGGCACGGCGGACCUCGUCCGCCUCGACGAGGAGGCGGGCGGCGGGGACGCCCUCGUGCCUGACAGCGCUGCGGGAGACACCCCCGGCACGCCGCUGAUGCCGCCCUCGCCCGCGGCACGCAGCCCAAGCACGCCCGGGUCGGCGUUCCCGCGCGCAGGCGCGCCGGCGGAGGGCAUUCCGCUCGAGGAGACGCUGCUGAGCAGCGAGGCCGAGCGCCGGAUCCGGGCCGAGCUCGCCGAGACGUACGAUUUCGUGUUUUCCUGGAGGGCGCCAGACACCCCGCGGCAGGCGCCCGCGCAGGACGCGUCGACCACGGCGGGCGCGAACGCGCUCGCGAAGGCGGCGUUCGAGCUCAACGAGUCGCACGUGAAGUUCUGCGAGCUCGCGCACGCGCUGAUCGAGGACCGCUCGCAGGCGAUGUUGGAGGAGGCGCGCAGGGCGGCGGAACAGGUCGUCGGGCUCCGGAAACGCUACACCGAGCACCUGGACACGCUGGAGGAGUGCGAGCGCCGCCUGCGCCGCGUCAAGGAGCGCGCGAACCGGUCGCAGGGGGACGUUCAGGAGGUGUUGGCUCAGCUGCGGGGGCGCCCGGUGCCGCUGACGUCAGCGGAGCGCGCCGCGCAGGGCGCGGUGGCGGCGGCGAGGGCGGUCGGGAGCAGCGCGGGCCCGCUGUCGGUGCAGGAGAUGCGCCGGGAGGCGACGGAGGCCCGGAAGUGGGCGGCGCAGUGCCUGCACGACGCCCCCCGCCCCCUGCCGUCGCACACCCCCCCCGCGCCGCCGGCAGCCGGCACGCCGCUGCGGCAGCUGCGCUCCGCCGGGCGCAUGGCCUCGCUCGGGUCGCCCGUCCAGCGCCGCCCCGGCCCGGCCACCCCCGUCGCCCCCUCAACACUCCUGCCCCACAAAGACGCGGCGCUGCUCCGGGAGACCCAGCAGCUCACCCUCAAGGUCGCGCGAGCGCGGGCCGAGGUCCUGGCGUCGGGGCGCGGCGCGGACGGCGCGCGCGGGUAG